AUCAUAACUCAUUCUCGUUCCACGAUAUUCGAAGAAUAGGUUAAAUGAGCGUUCUGAAUCAAGCUUCGUCCAAACACCAUAGACCUGGGAUCGCGAUCGAGGCUGGUAGCCCGGAGCUCAUAUGCAAACUUCAAGAUCUCGCAAAGCGUAUCCCCCAGUUACGAAAGACCGGCGACAACUUCAGUCUAUGGGAAAGACAACUAAACGUUAUGCUACGAAAUCUAACUGGGACAUCUGACUACUUUCAACAAGAUUUACACAAGCACGAUCCAAAAUUAAAUCAAGCGGUCUUUAGUCUUAUAUUCUGGUCAAUUGAUGAAGAACUCCAGCAGGACUUUAUCAUUCAUGGUUCUGCUGGAGACGCCUUUCAAUUCUUGGCAAAUCGGUUCCAAUCAAGAUCUUUGGCUCAAUGUAUCAUCAACCGUACCGAUUUUCCAGAAGAAAUUCUAGACAACAUCGUGAGCAUGGUUCACCGCCAGUCUACUAAAGAGCACACGUCUAUCAAGGAAAGAAAGAUGGAGCGCCAAACCCGGACUCGAAUACAAGGUCUGAAAUUCGAUAUAUACGUGUCUCACGAAGGUUCACCGAUUCUCAAUACCUUCCAAAACUUGGCGGCAGUCAAUCGAAAAUUUCACAGGCUUUGUCUUACUAGGUUAUGGCAGGACAUCACAUUCCCAACUUCGGUGCCUGCUCCUAUGUCACUUUGGACAGAUGAUUUACUUUUGAAACACGCAGCCUUAGUAAAAUCUGUCGAAUUUGAGUUGGAAGAUCAAAUCGACCGUCAGGGUAGUCAUCAGUUAUCAGAAAGUGAAAGGAGCCUCUAUGAUAAUACAUCACUCAUCAAUGACAAUGAAGAAGAUACCAGAUGCGGAAUUGGACUUUUGAACAUUGUGAAGAUCUUCAAAGUCUGCUCUUCGAUAGAGUCAGUAACAGUGCAUCUUCCAAUGGUUGGACACGACGAAUGGUAUUCUGGUCUUACAGUCCUUUUGAAAAGCCCAUUUCAACUUCUCCCACAACUCCAACAUUUAAGAGUAUUGGACGAUGAACACAGAGUUCUUUCAGGCGACUUUAUAAUCGAUAUCAUCAAGAUUUUACCAUCUCUCACUUCAUUAGAGAUCAACUCCUUUAUAUUUGUUCAAAAGCAAUCUGAAGAAGAAUCAUUGGGAUGGAAUGUGGCCCAGCUUCAGAAGCUUCGCAAACUGACUCUGUGGUACAUCACAUGCGAGGAUCACACAUGGAGCCUGAGGUCUUGGCCUGAACGACUCACAAGCCUUAAACUUCAGUGCUGUGGUGAAAUCACACUUGGCAUGGUGCAUGAACUUAUCAGUGGUAACACACCCUUUCUGACUCAACUUCACCUGGGGCUUGACGAAGACGACAUGGCAUAUUUCACAGUUCAGUUUGAUCUCCCGGCUCUGGAAAGCCUCCACGUAGAUAGUCAAAGCAGAAUUGAUUUACUUUCAAGCUUUGAAAACUGUAAAAGUAUAGAGUUCCUUGGAUAUAAUGGCGAUAUAGAUGAUAAUAUAUGGGACUCGAUGAAAAAUCAAUUAUCUCGACGAACUUGGCCUAAGCUCUUGGUUUUGGAUGUUAGAAACUUAUCUGUUUAUCUAGGGGAAGGAAAGAUAGGUAAAGAGAAAAUGAAAGAGAUAUUGAUGUCAUUUGGCAUAAAAGUGACAAUCAUACAGGAUUGAAACAGAUAACUAAAUGGCUACCAUCACGAAUCAUUUUCAAAUAAUGUGAUGGGCUGUGAUUACAUGAUCUUGAUUGAGUUUGACUAAAUUUUACCUUUUGUUUGAGAUCCUGCUGUUGUCUAAUUACUUUUCUUCGUUGCUUUAAAUAAUGUGCUCCUUUGAUUUUGUCCAACUUUUCUUCCUCACUGCCCUUGAAGCUAUUAACCUUGAGCAAUCCAAAUUUGCGCCACACUUCCCAAAUGCUUUGGUAAUUGGAUC